AUGAAUGCCUUAGAAGAAAGAAAUUGUGUGCUCAAUGAGGAGCUUAAACAGCUCAAGAAACAAAUGGCUAAAAUGUUCGAAGCCAUGAAUAAGAUGCAACAUGACGACCCUAGUGCUAACAAUGGUGGGGAUACUUCUAAGGACCAUCUUAACACCUUAGAGGAAAGGUUGAGAGCUAUAGAAGGUCACAACUUUGACAUCAAAGAGGUUGUGGAGAUGUUCUUGAGGCUAAACAAGAAAAUUGAUAAGCCUUUCAAAGCUUACACGCAAAGGAGGAGGGAGUUGGCCACACAAGUGGAACCCCCCUUAUUUGAUAAGGAAACGGUUAUGAUGUUUAUCAACUCCUUGAGUAGGCCCUAUUAUGACAAGAUGAUAGGGAACACCUCAAUCCUUCUUGCUGACAUAGUCACUAUAGGUGAGAGGGUUGAGCAAGGUCUAAAGAGCGGGAGGAUAGGGAAGGCCCUGACGAGCUACGACCCUAAGAAAGUCUAUGGAAAGAAGAAGGAAGAAGGGGUCAAUGCCAUGACCUUUUCUCCAAAGAUCCGAGUUGCACCACAAGCAAAACCCAAAAAUGGCAAGGCAGUAAACAAAAUCCCCACCACCUAUGCAGAGUUGCUACCCCAACUCCUGGAAGCUUCAAUGUUGGGAAGUAACUAUUCUGAAAGACUGAUGUUGAUUUACAAUGGUCUCCACUAUGAUGCAUUAGUGGACUAUCUUAAGUUUCUAUAUAGAGCACAUUUUGUCAUCAAACCUAUUUCCAAAAACGUCUCUCAAAAGAAUGGCAACAAGAAACAAAGAGAAAAAUACUAUAAUAUCUCAGAUGUGACACUCUAUGGCAAGAAGAAAACAAUGUUUGUGAAGAGUGUGGAUGCUUCUGAAUAUACCAAGACCGGUGAGAAGGUGUUUGAACUUUUAAAUAGUUUUGUUGAGGAAAUUGGAGAGAAAAAUGUUGUUCAAGUAGUAACAGAUAAUGGAAGCAAUUAUGUUAUGGCGGGCAAAAUUUUACAAACUGUGAGACCACAUUUAUUUUGGACUCCAUGUGCUGCUCAUUGUCUUGAUUUGAUGCUAGAAGAUAUUGGAAAGAUCCCUAAAGUCAAAAGGGUAAUACAAAGAGGCAUCAAGCUCGUGGGUUACAUUUAUAAUCAUACCUUGACCCUAAACACCAUGAGGAAGUAUACAAAUAAGGUUGAAUUGGUGAGGCAUGGAGUUACAAGAUUUGCUACCACCUUCCUUACUUUGCAACGAUUGCAUAAGUUAAAGGCAAAUCUUAGAAGGAUGUUUACUUCCGACGAAUGGUUGCAAUCAAAAGGAGCCAAAGAACCUAAGGGGAAGAAAGCAACGGAGAUUGUUCUUAUGCCUACAUUUUGGAGUGAUGUUGUUUAUGCUUUAAAGGCUAUGGGGCCUAUUGUACGUGUGUUGAGGUUGGUAGAUAAUGAAAAAAAACCGGCAAUGGGUUACAUUUAUGAAGCAAUGGAGAGGGCUAAGGAGGCAAUUCAAAAUUCUUUUAAUCAUAAUGAAGAAAAAUAUAAGGAUAUAUUUGCAAUUGUUGAUAGAAGAUGGGAUUGUCAACUCCAUCAUCCGUUGCAUGCAGCAGGAUAUUAUCUAAAUCCUGAGUUUUAUUACAAAAAUUCAACAAGAAUGGAUGCUGAUGAUGAAGUGGUGGAUGGCCUUUUCAAAUGUAUUGAUAGGCUUUGUGAAAAUAAUGACAUUGUAGACAAUGUUCACAAUCAAUUGGCAAUAUAUAAAAGGGCAGGAGGAAGAUUUGACAUUCCUGCAGCAGUUAGAGCAAGGGUUAAAAUGGCUCCUGCUGAGUGGUGGAAGAUGUAUGGAGGACAUACACCACAUUUGCAAAUUGUUGCCAUUAAGGUACUAAGCUUGACGUGUAGCUCAUCUGGUUGUGAGCGUAAUUGGAGUACCUUUGAGCAUAUUCACUCAAAGAAGAGAAGUAAGCUUGAGCACCAAAAGCUUCAAGACUUGGUUUUUAUUAAAUAUAAUCAAGCUCUUCAAGAACGCUUUGAGUGUCAAGAUCCAAUUGAUCCAAUUGCUUUGAAUGAAGUUGAUGAUAACAAUGAAUGGAUGUUGGGAGAAGAAAAUGAUGAGGAUGAAUUUGAAGAUGACUUGGUGUUUGAUGAUGAUGUUUUGACUUGGAGAGAUGUUGCCCAAGCAAGUGGUGCCGGUGAACCUUUGAAAUACACUAGGAGACAAACACAAGUGAACAAGACAUCAACAAUUGCAUCUACAUCCAAGAAAGAUAAAGGAAAAAAAGUGAUGGAAGUACUAGAAGACGAGGAUGAUGAUGUAGAGGAAGAAGAAGAAUAUAAUUCUAAUGCUAGUGGGAGUGAUGAAUUUGAGGGAGAGGAAGACUUUAAUCUUGAUGAGGAAGAAGAUUAAACUAUAAUGUUUAAUUUUUUACUUACUUAGAGCUUUAACACUUUGUUUUGGAGACAUUUUAUAUUAUGUAUUGUUUGAGUACUAUGAACUUUUAAUUAUUAAAAAUGUUUAAUGCAUGAAUUUAGAGUUAUUUUUUUGUUUUUUUUAG